CAGCUCCCGAGACGCGCGAACCAAACACAACAACAAACACCUCUUUAUCAAACCAAUUAAACAACAACAAUAACAGCCACGAUGCCAACGCUCGCGACGCCGCCCCGGCACCUGCCAAACAUAAAAAGACCACCAGCACCGCCGCGCGCCCAAAAGCGCAGCCCAUCUGGGAGACAGCCGGCCGCACGCCGCCGCGUUUCACCGUCGACCUCUCCGUCGCGCCGGAGCACCGGUACGACCACAUUGCCGCGCAACUGAUGCCCGCGAUCCGCGCGGCCGACCUCGAGGGCCUGUUCGGCGACCUGGUCGCGACGGUCGUGCCGAGGGGGUGGCGGGCGGGACAGCGCGGGCUGCUGGCGCUGGCGCGCGUGGCGCUGCGGCGCGUGUACGCCGACGACGAGACGGCUGAGCUGCGCGGCAUUGCCUCCGCCACGGGCCUGCCGCUGUACUUGCUGGUCGCGUUCAACGUGUUGUUGGAUCUGCUGCUCGGGUGUACGAGUGGCGGCGUGCGCAUGGCGUACUGUGAUGGGGACGCCGAGGGCGACGCAGGCGAAAGGGCCGGUGCGGCCCGGGGGGCUAGAGCGGCGAGGAAGCCGGUGGCGGCGGCGGCGGCGAUCCCAAGCAAGUCGCGCAUCGUGCACUUCCGCACGCUGGACUGGGACAUGGACGAGCUGCGGCACCUGAUCGUGGAGCUGGACUUUGUGCGAGCGGCGGGCGGGCCCGUGGUGGCGACGACGGUCGGGUACUUUGGGUACGUGGGCGCGCUGACGGGCGUGCGCCGCGGGCUGAGCCUGAGCCUCAACUUCCGGCCGACGCACGAUCGCAGCACCUGGCGCAAGCGCGCCGCCUACCGCUGGCACCAGGCCAUGGUGCUGCUCGGCCGCCGCCCGUCCAUCUCGAGCACCCUGCGUUACUACCUGCUGGGCCCCGCGGCGCCAGGGACCGAGCCGCUGCGGCGGCGGAGGGACGGGCGCGCGGCGGUCGAGCACCCGGCUGCCUCAUCAUCGCCGCUAGCCCCAGGGGAAGUGAAACCAGACACUCCGAAUGCCGAACUUGAAAACUCGCACGAGCAGCAGGAUCCGCACGACCUCAACAUCGACAGCCUGCUAGCCGAACUGACACACUCUCCAUCAACAGCAGCGUACCUGAUCUUCAGCACGGCGCAGCGGACGUACGCGGUAGAGAAGGACCACCUGGCAGCAGUAGUGCGGAGCGACGGCACGCUCAUGACAACAUGCAACCACGACGUGGGCGACGAGUCGGCGCCGGAGCGGGUAGCCGCGGCCGCGGCAGCCGUCGCCGAGACGGGCAUGGUGAGCCUCGUUGAGGACUCGAUGGACCGCAAGCGCACGGUGCGCAAGGUGUGGCGGGCGGCGGUGCGGCGGCAGCGGGAGCAGCAGGCGAGGCGGUCGGCGGUGCUGCGGCGGCGUGGCCAUGCCCGGUCGUCUCCGCCCGAGGCGAGUUCGCAGCUCCGUGCACGGCAAGACCCGAUAGAACAAGACCAGCGGCAUGAGAUUGCGGAGCAGGAAGAACAAGAUAGACGAGUCCCGCUGCCCGCCGACGGCGUGCUGAUCGACGACGUGCUGAAGAUGCUGGGCCACGAGUAUAUCACGCACGACCAAACGCACUACGCCGUGGUCAUGGAUCCGCUGACGGGCCGUGUGCUGUGGCGGCGGGCGUAUGCUCUGGACGAGCUGGGAAGCGAUAAUAGCGGCAGUGAGCGUGAUGGUUGAUAGAUUUCAUGGCGUCUGGACUGUGCGAGACGGUGUGGGCUGUUAACCAGCUGGUGAUAUAAUAGCUGCCAUGUUGAUAUAGAAAGUUGCCAUUUUCUCCUCACGUUUAAACCGGAUAUGGGUCGGCUUUUCUACUUUCUUCAAAUUCAAUAAUCAAGCGU